AUUAGUAAGCAAACACCUGUUUACCACCGCACCACACCUAGCCGUUCAGACAAAAGGCAAAGGGAGAGCGAUCACAGGCCAAGAAAGCGAAAGGGAGCGGCCGGGUCGGGCUAAACCCUGGGGCACUCUCGCCAUGACGACGAGGCCGCAUUGCGCGGCCACCCCGCUUUCCCCUUCGUCUCGGGCUUCCUCCCCCUCCUCGCUCUCCUGCGUCUCCUCCGCCGCGUCCUCGUCGGGCUCCUGCUACGUGCCGGCGUCGUGGCUGACGAAGUGCGGCGGCAAGAAGAAGAGGAGCAGCCGUAGGAGGGCCAAGAAUGGCGCCGCCGGCGGUGCUGUUGCCGUCCCCAGGAGGAACAGCUCCAUCUACAGGGGCGUCACCAGGCACCGGGCCACGGGGAAGUUUGAGGCGCACCUGUGGGACAGGCACGCUCGGUGUCCGGCCAAGAGCAAGAAGGGCAGACAAGUUUAUCUUGGAGCUUUUGACAAUGAGGAGGCAGCAGGCCACACCUACGAUCUUGCAGCGCUCAAGUACUGGGGCUCAGAGUCCUCAAACUGUAAACUCAACUUCCCACUGGAAUUGUACAGGCACGAGCAUGAGAGGAUGCAGUGCAUGUCAAGGGAGGCGUACCUGGCCGCUCUGCGGCGCAAGAGCAGCUCCUUCUCGAGAGGCGCCUCCGAGUACAGAGGAGUGGCCAAGCACCACCGCAAUGGCAAGUGGGAGGCCAGGAUAGGCUAUGCUAACUGCAAGAAGUACCUCUAUUUGGGGAUAUUCGGGACCCAGGAGGAGGCAGCCCGGGCCUCCGACCUCGCAGCUCUGGAAUUGCGGGGCCAUGCCGCGAUCACCAACUUCGACAUCAGCAGCUACACGGAUUACCUGCAGCAGCUUGAGCAGCCGAUCCCCAAGGCCCAGCCGAAGCCGGCUCUGAAGCCCAAGCCCGAGCCCGUCGACGAGGAGGCGCUGCUGCCGCUGCCCAUGGCUGCUGGUCCGAUUCCGGCGCCGCUUCUGACGCCCAAGCCUGAGCCCGAAGACGAGCUGGCCGGUCCACUGGCGCCGCUGCCGCCGGGCCCCGUGCUCCGCGACGCGGACGACGUGGACCACGCCAUCGCCGUGAUCCUGCAGGCGCUCUGCAUGGACCCGGCCGACUUCGAGGCCCGGUACCCCGCCCGCGGCGCCCGCGCGCCCGGCUGGCCGUCCGACGACCACCAGCUGCGCGGCCUGCCGCUUCCGGACGCCGUGGGCUUCGAGGGCGACAUCGAGACCCUGUUCGAGGCGCUCGGCUCGGCCGGCCCUGGCCAGGGGGGCGAGGUCCAAGUCCAACCCCCCGCCGCCGUGCCUGACGCCGCCGUCUCCUGCGCGGCUGCCGCGAUCAGCUCGCUGGCGUCCGGGCGCUGGUGGUGAUGCGCGGGCGCGCACGCUCCCUGCUCCCAUCCACCGGCCGUGUAAUUACGUGGCAACGUGUCGGUUCCUGGGGGUUUUGGGUGGCAUUUUGGUUUGUGGUUUUUGGCGUGUAAAUGCGAUGGCGUGGCAGCUCUCGCUCUCGAGUCUCGAUCCUUUUGGCCUUUGGGGGAAUGUGUAAGUGGGAGGGGGCUCGAGCUUUUGGGAUGAUCCACUGUGGAAGCCAUGGAAACUUGUAACUUGUCGGCUACGCUGCCGUAUCGGGGUGUCCAAGUUGGAUGCCGUGGCAAACUGGCAACAAGUGCUCGUGCGGUGUGACUGAUGCGAUGCACAUGUUCUGCUUGUAGUACAGUAGCUGCUAGCUAGCUAGAUACUGAUAAACUGAAAUGACAAGUUUCUGCUA